AUGCCAAAUCACAGUGUUGUAAGCACCGAAACUCUAUCGGAGCAUCAAGUCUUCGUCAUGAGUGAUGCAUCUUGCUGCUCCACCAUGAGCACAAAGCCACAGGAUCGCUCGGACAUCGGUCUUUUCGUGGUGAAAAACACAAUCAAAGCCAUUGAGCCGUCCCAUAAAGGCACCACAAGCGUGACAGUCAAUAAUAUGCCAGUCCUUAGAUCCGAUGGCCAACACUCUGCAAACCCUAAGCAAAAGAAGAAUCAACCGACUCUCCUGACAGUUUAUGGGUUUGCCACUAACGACAGGAAGUUCAACUAUCUCCUGAAAUUGAGACAGGCCUCUAACGGUGGCGUUGUUGAGCCUGUGCUGGUUUCUGAGCGACUCUCGCUGCCAGUGGAUCAGUGUCUUACGGUCCACGACCAAGUCAAGAAGCUUAAGGUGUCUGUGCUUGGCCUGCUAGAAAGAUAUGAAAGGGUUAUCUACACGGGUAAAGAGAAGAUGGGAAAGCACUUCGAUUACACCGUUUUCGUUACUGAUCAAAACUCGCGACUUCGUGAGCUCUUCUGGUUGGACUUUACUCGCGAGAGGGUGCUGACAAGUCAUACAAUAGAGAGCGUGUUUCUGGAAUACGAUCGUUGCCAGGAGGAAUUCACACGCCUCAACACGAAAUACACCAACCUACUGGCUGAGUAUAAUAAGGUGGAUGCUGAGAUUAAGGCCUUUGAAAAGAUGAACGAUGUCAGCCUGUUGUCAUGUUCUCUGGCCAAGUACGUCAAUGUGCAGAACCUUGACGAUUUCUUUACCACUGACUAUCUCACGUGUUGUCUUAUCGUAGUGCCAAAGACAGGCGUUAAUGAAUUUCUUGCUGAGUAUGCUGCUCUCGGCUGUGAGGAUGCUGAUGGGGCGAAGAAGAAAGGAAGGCCUGAUCAACCAACAGUAACACCAACCCUUCCACUUGAUGGGGACAGUGCAGUGUUGGGCGUUGUUCCAGGGUCUGCUCGUAGGCUGAAGGAUGACUCCACACACGCUCUCUUCUCGGUUAUUCUCUUCAAGAAAGACCAGCAACGCUGUCUAGAUUACUUCCGAGAGAAGAAGUGGAUUGUUAGGGAGUACAUUCCCGAAGAAGCAGACGCUGGUUCGGAAGGAAGAUUGGCGACCCUAACGCACGUGAAGGCUGACCGUGAGAAGGCCUUUCAACAGCACAUUGAAAGUACUCUUGCUGCCUGUUUGGCACUUGCCAUUGACACCUCUAUUCUAGAGCUGUAUAUAGAGGCCCAGCUUCGCUUUGGCGCAGACUUCCAAAUGCUCAUGUUCAUGAGCAGCGGAGUAACCAGGAAAGGGCUCAAACAAAUUGUCAACUAUUCGUUCAAUGAGCUGUUGAACGGGUGCGACCAGAGGGUCUAUGACGUGGAUGUUGAAGCUGAGAAUCCCUAUCUACCGUUUGUGCUCUGCUCUACCAAAUUGGCAGAUGAAGCAGCCAUUAAGGCUAAGUGA